AUUAUGGAAAUGACUCAUGAUAUUCGUAUAGUUGUAGGCAUAGACUUCGGAGUUAAACAUUCAACUUUCGCCUAUGCAUACAAAUCAACUCCAAGUAAAAUAUUCGUGUAUAAUCGUUGGGGAUUUAUUGGUCAGUUUAAGACUCCAACAGUUCUAAAAUAUGAUGAAUCGUUUAAUUUAAUUAGUUGGGGAUAUUCCGCAUUAUCUCAAAAACCAAACAGGAAAAAGAAAAGUUUUGAAACAAAACCUGUAGAAAAUUUUUUAUUAUAUUUAAGUCAAACGAAUUAUGAACCCUAUUUACCGGAAGGUUUACAUUAUAAAAAAGCUAUUACUGAUUAUCUUAAAGAAAUGGGUAAUUUUAUCAAAGAGACUUUAAUGUCUUAUUGGCCAUACCAUAACUUUUUUGAAAAUGUUUUAAUUAUAAUGCCGAUUCCAGCUGAAUAUAAUGAUAAAGCUAUAGCAAUUAUGCGUGAGUGUGCGUAUAAUGCUUGUCUAAUUAAUGAAAAGGAUAGUCUGAGACUUCAAUUUAUAACUAAGCAUGAGGCUGCUUCUGUUCAUUGUAUUAACGUAUUAAGAGAAUAUAAUAUUAGUGAUGGCUCAACAUUUAUUAUGAUUGUUGAUUGUGGUAGUGGCACUGUUGAAUUGACAACUCAAAAGCUCCUCGAAAAUCAUAAACUUGGUGAAAUAACUGAAAGGAGUGGAGAUUAUUGUGGAGGGUAUUUUGUUGAUGAUGAGUUUAUUAAUUUCCUUGGUCGUAAAGUUGGUUCAUCAGCAAUCGAUCAUGUUAGAAAUAAUCAUUGUGGUCAAUUGCAAUAUAUGAUACAAGAAUUUUGUGGACAUGUAAAAUUUCCAUUUACUGGACAACAAGAAGAUUUUAUACCAUUUGAUUUAGACUUAGAAUUACUAUGUCCAGCUAUUAAGCAAUAUAUUAAAGGCUCUGAGCUUGAUGAAAUGGAAAAUAUGGAAUGGAUUAUUGACUUGAAUUUUGAUGAUGUUAAAGCAAUGUUUGAUCCAGUGAUAGAAAGAAUUUUACAAUUAAUUCGUACACAAUUAAAUGCAAUUAGAAGUUGCGAAGCUAUGAUUCUAGUUGGUGGUUUUAGCCAAUCUAAAUAUUUGCAAAGAAGAAUUAAGCAAGAAUUUAAUCAAAGAAACAUUAACAUAAUUAUUCCUGCAAUUCCCUCGAUAACAAUCGUUAAAGGAGGUGAGUUAUUUUAUUAUUACUUUGGAACUUUCUUAUAACUAAUCAUUUUUUUUGAUUUGUAAAGCCGUACAAUAUGGAUUGAUAG